AUGGAGCCUCCCCCAAGACCGAACAAGCAAAAGACCUGGCUCCUCUGCGAACCCGUCACGGUAUUGGAUCAGAGAACAUCCGAUACCAUCAGUGAUACGCAGCAGCCGCGGGCCGAUAGUCCAGAAGGGGACAAAGAAUUCGAGCAGGGAACUUCUCAGCUAUCCGAUAAGAUCGGUGAUACCCAGCAGCCACGGGCUGACAGUCCAGAAGGGGACAGAAAAUCAGAGCAGGGAACUUCUCAGCUCUCCGAUAACAUCGGUGAUACCCAGCAGCCGCGGGCCAACAGUCUAGUAAGGAACAGAAAAUCAAAGAAAAAAACAUCUCCGCUUUCCGAUAAUAGCAGCGAUACCCAAAAGGCGCGGGCCAAAAGUUCAGAAGGGAGCAGCGACGUCGAGUACUGCGGCCGAAAGUUACUGUUGGCAAAUAUUUACUUCGAGGAGAAGAUGCCAAAAGUUAUCGGAGACUAUGUGAAUGUGCACAUUUUUACCUUGCCAAACGGUGCCCGUGAUAUUAGGCACGCCAAGGAUGCUGCAGAUAAGCUCAAGAAGGGUUCUGAGGAGAAUGCCCUUGGCGCGAUUGGGGAGCCCGAAUCGGAGAGCACUUUGUUGUCCGCACUUAAAUGCCUCGACACUUCAGGACUCCGUGUCGAUUAUCAAGGAGGCUGGAUUCCAAGUCUGAAGCCGCCUGGGACGGAACACCUGGAUGACGCUCGACCCCAAAUAAGUGUCGGGCUAUCAGACGAAUUCCUCGCACAUGCUAUGGAGACGACCACUGGUAUUUACGUUCCCAUGGCCUUCCUAUCGACCUUGCAAGAAGACUUGACUUUAAUUAGCAACCCGCGGGGCAAUCUCUAUGGCCCUCGAUUUCCAUUCCUCAUUGUUGAAGAGGGGGAAAAUCUACAUCAGGCCCAGAACAAAGCUGCCGUUAGUGGCGCGAUCGCGCUCCGCAUGCUGAAGGGUCUGCGUGAGUUCAAUGGGCCGAAACACACCCAAGGCAGUGACCAUAAACAGUCAGAAUUUACAUUGGAUGUGGUUUUCUCGAUCGUCACUGAGGGGUCAGUCCACGAAUUGUGGGUGCACACUGAUUACUUUCCGGACGGCAAGUCAGAUGGCAAGUCCCCCAAAGUCUUGAUGGCUCGCCUCAGUGCCUACAGGAAUGCAGUGACAUGGAACUGCGUGGCCUUGUCAAGACGUAUCCAGGCAAUAUUGAAAUGGGGAAAGGGGGAGUUCACAGACAAGGUUGUCAGUAUGCUUGAGUGGGAGGCGUGA